AUGGAGCCCAUCGUACCAAUGCCAUCUAUCUACUACCCGGAUUUCAUAGCUGCUAACCAGGGUGAUAGGGCCAAUAACGUCAUCCCAGGAGCCGAUAAGAAGCAGCACUUAGAGCACAUUCGUCAGGAUAUUCGGAAUUUCAAAGAGAAGCAUGAUUUAGAGUGCGUUAUUGUGCUGUGGACAGCGAACACUGAGCGAUACACUGAUGUCACUGAUGGACUCAACAUGACCGCAGAGCAGGUUCUGGCUUCAAUUGAGAAAAGCGCCGAUGAGCACAACGUUUUUGUCGGAGGAGACGACUUCAAAUCUGGCCAAACAAAAAUCAAAUCUGCAUUGGUUGAUUUCCUAGUCAGCAGCGGAUUGAAGCCAGAAUCGAUCGUAUCAUACAAUCAUUUGGGGAACAAU